AGUAUCCGUUCUUUGUCUCUGUGUUGCGUGAGCGGUAGUCGUAUAUAAAAACAUCAUCAACGGAAUGAUUCCGUGGCCCGCGCGUUCUCGACCCCGGUGGACGCGGUGGGCGGCGGCUCAUGUUCCUCAGCGUGGCCUCUACCUGGGCAGCACGUGGACCCCAUCUCGCGGCUUUGGCAUCUUUUGCAGCACGGCGCCGUCCCGUGCCGCCUCCUUUGCCACCCACCACCGUCGCGGCGUGGGUGCGGGUGCGCAGGAGGCAGGCGACGCCGUCGCGAGGAUCCGCAACAUCGGCAUCGUGGCCCACAUCGACGCGGGCAAGACCACCACGACGGAGCGCAUGCUCUUCUACUCUGGCGUGACGAAGCGCGUCGGCGACGUGGACAGCGGGACGACGACGACGGACUUCAUGAAAGAGGAGGCGGACCGCGGUAUCACCAUCCAAUCCGCUGCCGUCUCGUUGCAGUGGAAAAGCUGCGACAUUAACCUGAUCGACACGCCGGGCCACGUGGACUUUACGGUGGAGGUGGAGCGAGCGAUGCGCGUCGUGGACGGUGUCGUCGCCCUCUUUGACGCCUCCGCGGGUGUGCAGGCGCAGAGCUAUACCGUGCUGCAGCAAAGCCGCAAGUUUCAAGUCCCGCUGCUCGCGUUUGUGAACAAGAUGGACAAGUACAACGCCGACUUUCAGAUGUCUGUGGCGUCGAUUCGCGAUAAGCUGCAGGUGGAGCCGCUGCUGCUGCAGCUGCCCCUACACGGCGAGGAUGGCAGUUUUGCAGGCGUUGUGGACGUGCUUGCACAGACGGCGUGUCGGUUUGGUGGGCAGAACGGGUCAGAGGUUCAACGCACGAACCUCGACGAGGCGAGUGGCGCUGACGGUCAACGUGCCUCCUCUCCAUCCGGCGGCACUGGGGCGGUGGCGCAUGAACUGCCGCACGUGGUGCGGGCGAUGCGCAGCGCGCGGCACGAUGUGGUGGCGCAGCUGACAGCGGUGGACGACACCCUCUCCGAGCAGUUCAUCGAGCAACUGGACGCGACGGACGGCGAUGAGGCGGAGGCGGAGCGGCGGCUGUCGACGUGGGCGCUGCAGGCUGCGGUGCGUCGCUGCGUGGUCCACCCCCCGCACGGCCGUCCUCCGCUGCUCCCGGUUCUGUGCGGGGCCUCCCGCCGCGAUCAAGGCGUGCAACCGCUGUUGGACGCCAUCACCUGCUACCUUCCCUCCCCUGCGGACCGCCAUCCAACGGGAUUGACGCGGGACGGCAUCCCCGUCGCCCUCCCGCCGGCUUCCGCUGCGCGGACUGUGUCUACGGUAGCGCUGGCCUUCAAGGUAACGCACGCCGUUCACCCCCUCAAAGGCCAGCGCCUGCCGCUUGUGUUUCUGCGCGUAUACAGUGGCAUGAUCACGCCACGCGCGCAGUUGGCAAAUCACAGUCGUGGGCAGACGGAGGUGGUGGAGAAGCUGUACGUCAUGCACGCCAAUCAACCGGUCGAGGUGCCGUGCUUGGCGGCGGGCCAGAUCGGCGCGGCCUUUCUCACGCACACCUACACCGGCGACACCCUUUUCGCCCACCCGUCGCAGCACCUUUUACAGGCAAAGGCACGCGUGAAGAAGGGAGAGGUGAAGGAGGAGGUGUACACUCUGGAAGGCAUUGACGCUCCCCCGGCUGUCAUCUCGUUCUCGAUUGAGGCGGCUACACGAAAUCAGGUGGAGCUGCUGAAGGACGCGCUGGCGGAGCUGACUCGCGAGGAUCCGAGCCUGCGCGUCUCUGAAAACGAGCAGGGCACGAUGGUGGUCAGCGGAAUGGGUGAGCUGCACCUCGAGAUCAUCAUGUCUCGCCUCUCCAACGAAUAUCAGGUGAAGUGCCGGCUUUUACGUGCCAUUAUCGAGUACCGCGAGACGUUACGGACGACGCAGGCAGUGGAAAAGCACGUCGGCUUCUUCAACGAGCUGCCCUACGCGGAGUGUUCGCUGGAGAUGCGCCCGCUUCUGGAAGACGGCGAGCGGUGCGGGCCCAAUGACCACUGCCGCUUCCGCAUGGACAACGCGUUUGUGGCGUCGUAUCUCGCCGGCUACCAGCAGCAGCAGCAGCAGCAACAGCGCGGCGGGAUGUCGUCCGGUGGCCGUGCCAACGAUGUGCGCAACGCCAAGGAGGAGCUGCGCGUCAUCUCCACGACAUUUCAAUCCGCUGUGGAUGCCUGCAUGCGUCUCGGCCCGCUGGCUGGGCUGCCGAUGCACGGCGUGGAGGUGGUGCUGACGAGCUUCCGCAAGACCGCCGGCUCGGUUCUACAGGGAAAGUCGCUGAGCCACGUUGCGCGCUCCGUGCUGCUGGAUAUGCUGCGUGCCACCCGCAAGGAUGACCUCGCCUUGCUGGAGCCGAUGAUGGAGGUGGAGGUGCAUCUGUCUGAGCCGACCUACAUUGGCAACGUGGUAAGCUCGCUGAACGAGCAUAAGGCGCUCACGGUGGAUGUGCAGGAGGACGGCCGCUCCGUCAAGGCCAUCGUGGCGAUGCGGAACACGCUGCACUACACGAUGGAGCUGCGCAAGGCGGUGAAAGGGCACGCCAACCUGUUCAUGAAGCUGCACCACUACCAGGUGUUGGAGGAGAAGACCGUAAUUUCCCGCAUUUUGAAGAACCUUGGCAUCACGGAGUGA